AUGGCCGCUCCCGGCCAACCAACUCAGCAGCAAAUUGCUGCUAUGCAACAACAGCUCGCAACUGAAGCGGCGAAGCGCGGAAUGACCCCAGAGGAAUUCAGCAACAUGCAACGACAACAGCUUGCUGCAGAGGCGGCGAAACAUGGCCUGACUCCAGAGCAAUAUAUAAAUCAGCUCAAAGCUCAAGCUUUGCAACAGCAUCAAAAGCAACAGCAGGCCAAACAGGCGCAGGCGCAGGCGCAGGCGCAAGGACAGCAAACAGAGCAACAUGUACCCAUGAACUCUAAUGCACCACCAGAUCCCAGCGCUGUCGCAGUGGCUCAAUUUCUCAAAUCCCAAGAUUUAAAGCCCAGAACCUGUAUUUUGGAUGGCCAAAGGAAAGAGCUAUUUAAAGUCAAACGUGCUGUACGAGCUUUACAGUCCCCUGCAUACUCCAAAGCUCAAUCAAAGCCCAAUUCUCUUCUUCCUCCAGUGACAGAUCAGGCUUCCGCCGAAAAUGCAUUCAAACUCCUACCCCUAUCUCUUCUCGCGCUUCGAGUUUCCAAAGUCGACCCUCAUGCCGGACACAACCAUGGGAAACCAAAAGGCCACGUAAAGGGGCUGUGGACAGUCCAGGUGGAGCAGCAUCAAGAGACAGACCCAAUGAUGCAUUACGUCUGGUUAUACGAAGGUCCUCAGUGGAAACAAAAGGCAAUGGCUGCGGGUGUCCUAGUCGCAAUUAUGGCAGUUGUUAUGUUCCCGCUAUGGCCUGUUAUGCUCAGACUAGGGGUUUGGUACCUGAGUGUUGGCAUCAUGGGCUUGCUAGGUCUAUUUUUUGCCAUGUCGAUAUUCCGGCUGAUCCUGUUUUGCAUUACCUUCUUUGCAAUUCCACCUGGUCUCUGGUUGUACCCCAAUCUGUUCGAGGACGUGGGAUUUUUUGACAGUUUCAGACCAAUGUGGGGUUGGCAAGAGGUACGUUCUUAA